AGUGUGUUGUCUGCUGGGGAAAGGACUCGGAAGCGUAGCGCAGCGGCGAGCGAUAUGGGAUGCGAUGGUGGUACCAUCCCCAAGCGCCACGAGCUGGUCAAGGGGCCCCGCAAAGUCGAGAAGGUUGACAAAAAUGCUGAAUUGGUGGCAAGGUGGAACUACUGUGCUCUGAGUCAAGAGAAGUUACGUCGGCCAAUUGUGGCCUGUGAGCUGGGCAGGUUGUAUAAUAAAGAUGCUGUCAUUGAAUUUUUGUUGGACAAGUCAGCUGAUAAAACUCCUGUGGAAGCUGCGUCACAUAUCAAGAAUAUUAAGAAUGUAACAGAGCUAAACCUUGCAGAUAAUCCAGCUUGGACUGGUGAUAAAGAGAGUAUAAAAGGUGACAAAUAUGAUGACAUUCAGUCUGCACGCUUCAUAUGUCCUGUGGUGGGAUUGGAAAUGAAUGGAAGACAUAGGUUUUGCUUCUUGAGAAACUGUGGAUGUGUGUUCUCUGAACGGGCUCUCAAAGAGAUUAAAUCAGAAGUUUGUCACAAGUGUGGUGUUCCCUUUCAAGAGGGAGAUGUGAUUGUCCUUAAUGGUAACAAAGAAGAUGUGGAAGCAUUGAAGAAAAGAAUGGAGGAGAGAAGACUUAAAAGUAAAUUAGAGAAGAAAGCAAAGAAAUCUAAGUCAACAGAAUCAGCCCCUCGGCAGGAUACCACUGAAGAUGCCCCAGGUCCAUCAAAGGCUAAGAAUGGAAAGGACUGCAUCACUUCCAGUUCUGGAGAAAGGCAGAUUAUCUUCACCAAAAGCUCAGAUAAUGGAAAUUCAUCUGUGCCAGCAAAAGUCAAUAAGGCUGCUUCUGCUACUACGAAGAGAUCCAUUGCAGACAGCGACAAGUCUGAGGCAUACAAAUCUAUUUUCACAUCACACAGCUCAGCAAAACGUUCAAAGGAAGAGUGUUCCAAUUGGGUUACUCACACAGCCUACUAUUUCUGAAACUAUGAGCCUGACUGUAACUUUCACUACUGCUUUCCUUCCCUGAGGCUGCUUCUGUACAACUCUGAUAGAGCUUUUGUUGUACUCUGAUGUUAUCUGCAAUUACUCAGUUUAUAAGUUGUUUAUAAACUUGUGAGUAACUAAUGAACUUGAGUUAGUUGGAGUUUCUGUUAAAUAAGAGAGAGAUCACCAGGAUCCACAUUGCUCCAGUAGACCUCAUUCUAAAAUGAUGGAGUUUUUGCACAAAAUUUUCUUACCCCAGUUGGAUGUGGUCAUCCUUACUGACACUGGCCUAUGUCCUUGGGAGGAACAGGAGGAGUGAGGACAGGAGGAUCUGCCUGCUGGCCUCUUUUACUGAGAUUUGCCACAGCUGUAAUUAGUUUCCAAUGUAUUAGUACAGAAACUCAAACUUUUUUAAACCCUCUGACAGUAAAAAGAGCAAUAAUGCUUUUCUUUUGUACUAACUAACUAGGCCCUCACUA